CCAUCUCAAUCUCAAUUCUCAUUAGGUUUCCUCUAUAAAUCUUGAUUCAACGCGGACCCCGCGUCUAAUCACAAUCAGCAGAUAUAUGAAACAGCGAAAAUGAGUGGAACAGAUAAUAAAGUGUCAGACGUUUCCACGCAAACAGUCCCCUCUAAGGGAGGCCCUGAGGAAGCGAAUUCCUGGGCUGAAGACGCCGAGUACCUUUUAGUCGACGACAACAAAGUCAACAUGAAAUUGAUGAAGCACCACUUCGAUAAACUCGGUCUCAAAUACAACAUCGCCUGGAACGGCCAAGAAGUCGUCGACAUAUACAAAACGCACCCCGAGCAAUGCAAAAUGAUCUUGUUGGAUAUUUCCAUGCCUGUCAUGAGCGGCAUGCAAGCUUCACUUCUUAUAAGACAGCAUGAGAGCGAGAACAAUCUUCAGCCUGCUAUCAUCGUUGGACUUGUGGCAGGGGAUAUUGCGACAGAGAAUCGGCGAAUGGUGGAUGAGUUUGGAAUGAACACGACGUUCAAGAAGCCGAUUAGAUUGGAGGGUCUUCGAGAACUUGUCGACAAUUGGCCUGUUUAAGGGAGCGGGGUGCGAGAUAAUUGACUUUAAGACGCCGAUG